CCGGUGAGCUGGCGGCCGGCCGGCGGGCGUGCGGGCGCCGGGAGCGGGGCGCUGGAGGCCCUGCCUCGUUGGCCGCCGUCGCCUGGCUGGCGGGGGGCUAUGAUCCAGCCCUGCUGCUCCCGGGCACCCGCGUCCCUGCCGCCGACUCUCGCCCCUCCGGCCAACCCGCAGGGCCCCACUGUUCGCCCAGUUGUUUUUUUUUUAAGUGCGCUUAGUAAGUGGCGCCGUGGAUGUUUAUUGACUUGAAUGAAGCGCUGCCUGUCCCGACCUCCCCUCCUCCCCUCCCUGCCAGCUGUCUGUUGUCUGCGAGCCCUCCGUACCCUUGAAGGUCCCUUAAACAUCUUCUCAAGUAUAUUCUACACUAAGAGGAAUGACUGUGCCAUUUUCCUGAGCUAUGGCAGUCAAACCUGAUAGCGGUAACUCUCUACAAAACCCCCAAACCUGACAAGGAUGGUUCAGAUUUUGGCGGACUAUGGCUUCAUUCCUAUCCAGCACUGAUGAUAUCAGCAGAGCAACUUUCAUUGUUAGACAGAGGAGAGAGAGAGAAGCCUUGUUGGUUGACGUCACUUGGUUCAUGAAGCCUUCGCCUAGAAGUGAAGCUGCUGAACAAACCUUGAGAAGAAUCAUCUCCUGCUUCAAUCUGCUGCUGGAUAGGAACUAAUCAGAGAGGCGGAAGACGGAGAAGGAGGGAGGCACGGGCUUUCCCGAUCACAAAUCUCACCUCCACUCCAACUCUCUUUACACUUUUUUUUUGCAAAAAUAUUAGUAAGGAGGUAGUGGGUUUUCCAAAAACAAAAAUCGUAACCUUCAACCAUCUGGGGAAGGCAAAAACCCCAUCCACCGCAACUCUCAGUUGGAAAGUAAAGAUUUCCCAACAGUGAUGUCACAAGAUUGACCACAUUGAUCACAGUAUGGAGUCUGGAGAACGGUUACCAUCCUCAACAGCGUCUUCUAGCACACCCACUUCAUCUACUAUACCUUCUGUGGCUUCAUCAGUUUCAAAAGGGGUCCUUUCCACUGGAGCUGCUUCACUGAGCUCUACAAUCAACCCAUGUGGACAUUUAUUCAGAGCAGCUGGGGAUCAGCCGUUUAACCUGUCCACAGUGUCGAGUGCCUUCCCAAUGGUCAGCCACCCAGUCUUUGGUCUACAUUCAGCCAGCUCAGGGCAUUCAGAAUUUGGUGGUUUGGGGACACUUGGUACACCCACAGCCUUAGCCGCACAUCCCCAACUAGCAUCUUUUCCAGGUGCAGAAUGGUGGCGAACCACAGAUGUUCAUACUCGCCCAGGGGCAGCCUUCUUUCCGCCGUUACUGGGGAUUCCACCGCUGUUUGCUCCUCCAGCCCAGAAUCACGAUUCUUCAUUCCAUUCAAGGACUUCAGGAAAAAGUAAUCGAAAUGGUCCUGAAAAAGGUGUAAAUGGGUCAAUUAAUGGAAACAGUACAUCAUCUGUAACUGUUGGUAUCAACACAUCUGUACUGUCCACUGCUGCUUCAAGUUCGGUGGGACAAACAAAAAGUAUAAGCUCAGGUGGAGGAAAUCGAAAAUGUAAUCAAGAGCAAAACAAAAACCAGCCUUUGGAUGCUAGAGCUGACAAAAUCAAAGACAAGAAACCAAGGAAGAAAACUAUGGAAAGUUCUAGCAACAGCGAUAGUGAUUCGGGUACAUCAUCAGACACCUCAAGUGAAGGCGUUAGUAGUAGUGAUUCAGAUGAUCUGGAAGAAGAUGAAGAAGAAGAAGAUCAAAGUAUUGAAGAAAGUGAAGACGAUGAUUCUGAUUCAGAGACUGAAGCACAACAUAAAAGUAACAACCAGGUGCUAUUACAUGGUAUAUCAGACCCAAAGGCAGAUGGACAGAAAGCAACUGAAAAGGCCCAGGAAAAGAGAAUACACCAGCCAUUACCUCUUGUGUCUGAAUCCCAGACUCACUCAUCAUUCCAAUCCCAGAAGCAGCCUCAGGUUUUGUCACAGCAGCUUCCGUUUAUUUUCCAAAGCUCUCAGGCAAAGGAGGAAUCUGUGAACAAACACACAAGUGUAAUACAGUCUACGGGAUUGGUGUCCAAUGUGAAACCUUUAUCUUUGGUAAAUCAAGCCAAAAAGGAAACUUACCUGAAACUCAUAGUUCCUUCUCCUGAUGUACUUAAAGCAGGGAAUAAAAAUACCUCUGAAGAAUCUAGUCUUUUGACCAGUGAAUUGCGAUCCAAACGGGAACAGUACAAACAGACAUUCCCAGUGCAGUUAAAGAAACAGGAGUCAUCUAAGAGCCUGAAGAAGGUUAUUGCAGCUUUGUCAAAUCCAAAAGCAACCUCUAGUUCACCAGCACAUCCAAAACAAACAUUAGAAAACAACCACCCUAACCCGUUCUUGACAAAUGCACUUUUAGGUAAUCACCAACCAAAUGGAGUCAUUCAGAGUGUCAUUCAGGAAGCUCCUCUAGCACUCACUACCAAAACCAAAAUGCAGAGUAAGAUCAAUGAGAACAUUGCUCCUGCAAGUAGCUGCCCAUUUUCCUCACCUGUGAAUUUGAGUACAAGUGGCAGACGAACCCCUGGCAAUCAGACACCUGUCAUGCCCGCCGCCUCUCCCCUGCUGCACAGUCAAGGGAAGGAAAAAGCAGGUGGCAACAACGUAAACACAGUAAAAACACAGCAUCCCUCUCAUCCUGCAAAGCCUUCAGUGGAGCAGUUUAGAGGGACAGAUUCAGACAUUCCCAGUAGUAAAGAUUCUGAAGAGUCCAAUGAGGAUGAAGAGGAUGAGGAGGAGGAAGAGGAGGAGGAAGAUGAGGAAGAUGACGACUCUGAUGACAGCCAAUCAGAAUCAGAUAGUAAUUCAGAAUCAGAUACAGAAGGAUCAGAAGAAGAUGAUGAUGAUGAUAAAGACCAAGAUGAAUCAGAUAGUGAUACUGAAGGAGAGAAAACUGCAAUGAAACUGAAUAAAACAACCUCCUCUGUCAAAAGCCCUUCCAUGAGUCUCACAGCUCACUCAACACCUCGUAACCUCCACAUAGCAAAAGCCCCAGGCUCUGCUUCUGCUGCCUUAUGUUCUGAGUCCCAGUCACCUGCUUUUCUUGGCACACCUUCUUCCACACUUACUUCAAGUCCACACUCUGGCACUUCCAAAAGAAGACGGAUAGCAGAUGAACGUGAACUGCGUAUUCCUUUGGAAUAUGGCUGGCAGAGAGAGACAAGAAUAAGAAACUUUGGAGGGCGCCUUCAAGGAGAAGUAGCAUAUUAUGCUCCAUGUGGGAAGAAACUCAGGCAGUACCCUGAAGUAAUAAAGUAUCUCAGCAGAAAUGGAAUAAUGGAUAUCUCAAGGGACAAUUUCAGCUUCAGUGCAAAAAUAACAGUGGGUGACUUCUAUGAAGCCAGAGAUGGACCGCAGGGAAUGCAGUGGUGUCUUCUGAAAGAAGAGGAUGCCAUUCCCCGUGUGAGGGCAAUGGAAGGUCGUAGAGGAAGACCACCGAAUCCAGACAGACAGCGACCAAGAGAGGAUACUAGGAUAAGACGUCGGAAGGGUCGACCUCCAAAUGUUGGCGGUGCUGAAUUUCUAGAUAACACAGAUGCCAAAUUGCUAAGAAAACUGCAAGCUCAAGAAAUAGCCCGACAAGCAGCACAAAUAAAGCUUUUGAGAAAACUCCAAAAGCAGGAACAGGCUCGGGUUGCCAAAGAAGCUAAAAAACAACAAGCAAUAAUGGCUGCUGAGGAGAAGCGAAAGCAAAAAGAGCAGAUAAAGAUUAUGAAACAACAGGAAAAAAUUAAGAGAAUACAACAAAUCAGAAUGGAAAAAGAACUUCGAGCCCAGCAAAUUCUAGAGGCUAAAAAGAAAAAGAAGGAAGAAGCUGCAAAUGCCAAAUUAUUGGAGGCAGAGAAACGAAUAAAGGAAAAAGAAAUGAGAAGACAACAAGCUGUUCUUCUGAAGCAUCAGGAGUUGGAGAGGCAUAGACUAGAUAUGGUAUGGGAACGAGAGAGAAGGAGACAACAUAUGAUGCUUAUGAAAGCUAUGGAAGCUCGUAAAAAAGCAGAAGAAAAAGAACGGUUGAAGCAAGAAAAACGUGAUGAGAAAAGAUUAAAUAAAGAGCGUAAACUAGAGCAACGAAGAUUAGAAUUAGAAAUGGCAAAAGAACUAAAGAAGCCUAAUGAAGACAUGUGCUUAGCAGACCAAAAGCCUUUGCCAGAGUUGCCUCGUAUUCCAGGACUUGUUCUCUCUGGAAGUACAUUUUCAGACUGUCUCAUGGUGGUGCAGUUCUUACGAAACUUUGGUAAAGUUUUGGGCUUUGAUGUGAAUAUUGAUGUUCCAAACCUGAGUGUCCUUCAAGAGGGAUUGCUAAAUAUAGGGGACAGCAUGGGUGAAGUACAAGACUUGCUUGUGAGGCUCCUCUCAGCUGCUGUAUGUGAUCCAGGUCUAAUUACAGGAUACAAGGCCAAAACGGCUCUUGGAGAACAUUUGCUGAAUGUUGGCGUGAAUCGAGACAAUGUUUCCGAGAUCUUGCAGAUCUUUAUGGAAGCCCAUUGUGGACAAACUGAGCUCACCGAAAGCCUGAAGACCAAAUCUUUUCAGGCCCACACUCCGGCCCAGAAAGCCUCGGCCCUGGCCUUCCUGAUCAAUGAGCUGGCAUGCAGCAAGACUGUGGUGAGUGAAAUUGACAAGAACAUUGAUUAUAUGUCAAACUUGAGGAGAGAUAAAUGGGUGGUAGAAGGUAAACUCCGCAAGCUCAGAAUCAUUCAUGCUAAGAAAACAGGCAAGAGAGACACUUCAGGUGGCAUCGAUCUUGGAGAAGAGCAGCACGCGUCGGGCACCCCCACAGCAGGACGCAAGCGAAGAAAGAAGGGCGGGGACAGUGAUGACUACGACGAAGACGACGAUGACAGCGAUGACCAGGCUGAUGACGAUGAGGAGGAGGAGGAAGACAAGGAAGACAAAAAAGGAAAGAAAACUGAUGUCUGUGAAGAUGAGGAUGAAGGUGACCAAGCAGCAAGUGUUGAAGAGCUAGAAAAACAGAUUGAAAAGCUGAGUAAACAACAGAGUCAGUACAGAAGGAAGCUCUUUGAUGCUUCUCACUCUUUACGUUCGAUGAUGUUUGGCCAGGAUCGUUACAGACGUCGGUACUGGAUUCUUCCCCAAUGUGGGGGGAUUUUUGUAGAAGGCAUGGAGAGUGGUGAAGGACUGGAAGAAAUUGCAAAAGAAAGAGAAAAACUAAAAAAAGCAGAAAGUAUCCAGAUCAAAGAAGAAAUAUUUGAGACUUCUGAGGACACUUUAAAUUGUUCAAAUCCAGAUCGUUGUGGGCAAAAGGAAGAUCCUAAAGAAAAAGAUAACACAAAUCUAUUUCUUCAGAAACCUGGCUCUUUUUCCAAAUUAAGCAAGCUUCUAGAAGUAGCUAAGAUGCCUCCUGAGUCAGAUGUAAUGACCCCCAAACCAAAUAGUAGUGCAAAUGGGUGUGCACUGUCUUACCAGAACAGUGGGAAACACUCACUGGGCAGCAUACAGUCAACAGUAACACAAAACAACAUGGAAAAGACAGACUCGAAUCUGUUCGGUACUAGUUCAAGUGAUCCAGGAAAGUUCUACAGUGCUCUCCCCAGUGACCAGUUGUUAAAAACACUGACUGAAAAGAGUAGACAAUGGUUUAGCCUUUUGCCGAGAACACCUUGUGAUGACACUUCCCUUACCCGUGCCGACGCGCCCACUGCUUCUUCAGCGACCCCUCAGUCCCAGCCGCCCUCCAAGUCACCUUCGCCUGCCCCAGCUCCUCCUCUUGGACCAUCUUCUGCUCAAAAUCCCGUUGGCCUAAACCCAUUUGCUUUAUCGCCUCUUCAGAUGAAAAGUGGAGUACCUGUGAUGGGACUCCAGUUUUGUGGGUGGCCCACGGGCAUGCUUACUUCCAGUAUUCCAUUCCCACCACCUGUACCUAGUGUGGGAUCAGGUUUGGGACUGUCAGAAGGAAACGCUGAUGCAUUCUUGACUCCCAGUUUUGCGUCAAACAAAAGUGAAUCUCCAGUACCACAGAGCGAAAAAGUCCCUUCAACUCAACCUGCAGCUCUUGAAGUAGCAAAACCAGUAGAUUUUCCUAGUCCAAAACCUAUUCCAGAAGAAAUGCAGUUUGGCUGGUGGAGAAUUAUUGACCCAGAGGACUUAAAAGCUUUGCUCAAAGUGCUACAUCUCAGAGGAAUAAGAGAAAAGGCAUUACAAAAACAAAUUCAGAAACACCUGGAUUACAUCACUCAAGCCUGCAUCAAGAAUAAGGAUGUUGCUAUUAUUGAAUUAAAUGAAAAUGAAGAAAACCAGGUAACUCGAGAUACUGUGGAGAACUGGUCAGUAGAAGAACAAGCAAUGGAAGUGGAUUUGAGGAUUCUUCAACAGGUAGAAGAUCUAGAAAGGAGAGUUGCAUCAGCAAGUUUGCAAGUAAAGGGUUGGAUGUGUCCAGAACCUGCAUCAGAAAGGGAGGACUUGGUAUAUUUUGAACAUAAGUCAUUUUCUAAAUUGUGCAAGGAGCACGAUGGAGAAUUUACUGGCGAAGAAGAAAUCAGUGCACAUGCACUAGAACGGAAGAGUGAAAACCCCCUAGAUAUAGCUGUAACCAGGCUGGCUGAUUUGGAGCGGAACAUUGAAAGAAGGUAUCUGAAGAGCCCCUUAAGUACCACCAUUCAGAUCAAACUGGAUAAUGUGGGCACAGUUACUGUCCCUGCUCCUGCACCAUCCAUUAGUGGUGAUGGUGACGGAAUUGAAGAGGAUAUUGCUCCAGGGCUCAGGGUAUGGCGAAGGGCAUUAUCAGAAGCUCGCAGUGCUGCACAGGUAGCUCUGUGCAUUCAGCAGUUACAGAAAUCCAUAGCAUGGGAAAAAUCAAUUAUGAAAGUUUACUGCCAGAUCUGUCGAAAGGGCGAUAAUGAAGAACUGCUCCUCCUUUGUGAUGGCUGUGACAAGGGCUGUCAUACGUACUGCCAUAGACCUAAGAUUACAGCUAUACCAGAUGGGGACUGGUUUUGUCCAGCUUGCAUUGCUAAGGCAAGUGGUCAAACUCUAAAAAUCAAAAAACUUCAUGUCAAAGGAAAAAAGACUAAUGAGUCAAAGAAAGGCAAGAAAGUAACUUUAACAGGGGACACUGAAGAUGAAGACUCCGCGUCUACAAGUAGUUCACUGAAAAGGGGCAGCAAAGACCCGAGAAAAAGAAAAAUGGAGGAAAACACUUCUGGUAACUUGUCAAAACAAGAAAGUUUUACUUCUGUUAAGAAACCGAAACGAGAUGACUCUAAGGACCUGACUCUUUGCAGUAUGAUCCUUACUGAAAUGGAAACUCAUCUCAGCAAAGACCCAAGAAAAAGAAAAAUGGAGGAAAACACUUCUGGUAACUUGUCAAAACAAGAAAGUUUUACUUCUGUUAAGAAACCGAAACGAGAUGACUCUAAGGACCUGACUCUUUGCAGUAUGAUCCUUACUGAAAUGGAAACUCAUGAAGAUGCAUGGCCUUUUCUACUUCCUGUAAACUUGAAACUUGUUCCUGGUUAUAAGAAAGUUAUUAAGAAGCCUAUGGAUUUUUCCACAAUUAGAGAGAAAUUAAGUAGUGGACAGUAUCCAAACCCGGAAGCCUUUGCUCUCGAUGUCAGGCUUGUUUUUGACAACUGUGAAACAUUUAAUGAAGAUGACUCUGAUAUAGGCAGAGCAGGCCACAGUAUGAGGAAGUAUUUUGAAAAAAAGUGGACAGAUACUUUCAAAGUGAGCCGAAGCUACAAUAAUCUCUCUUUUUUCCUUUUCAAUAAGGACAAAUAAGACCAGCAAUGUGAACUAUAUUUUACGUAAAUGUGCAAGGCACACGCAUAAUGACUUUGUUUUUCCUUAAAAAAAAGUAUCACAAAAAAUAAAAGUAUCAGAAGAAUGAUACCAUUUUUAAAGGCUUCACUCCUACAACAACCAAGGCCCUUGGUUAUUGGUUUGUGUGAUUUAUCAGCUAAUUUAGGUAGAACAGGGAAGCACACCCAAAGAAUUUUCAAAGGUAAGGGUGUUAUAGUGCAAUAGCAAUUAAAAUAUAUCAAAUCGCACUGAAUAUUCAACACCAGAGCUCUAAUGUGGGAAAUGGUUCUCCUUUCCCUCUCAAUAAAUAUCUAUUUUUCAUUUUUUUACUUUGUAGUUUAUUUUUUAGUGAAUGUAUUUAAUUUUAUGAAUUAUUUAUGAUUAAACCACAUCCAGAAUCUUCGUUUUCUGUGAAAAGGAAGAACUAGAAAAUUGCUUUAAAUCUUGAAAAUACAACAAGGAAUGUUUUAAAAUAUAAAACAAAGCCAAGUUAAACUGUUUACACUGAUGUGCUAUAAAAGCACCAAAAAUAAACUUUACUGUAAAGUUACAAGUACAUUUAUAUAUAUAUAUAUGUGUGUGUAUAUAUAUAUACAUAUAUAUAUAUAUGUUGCUGCAUCACUUGUGUAGUUAAAUUGUAUUUCAAGACAGUGAAGAAAAAUUGACGUGUAUAUACUGUUCAUUAUUGUUUAUAUUGAGUCUUGUUUUAAAUAUGUAUUAUGUGUACAUAUUGUUUGGAGACAUUAUUGUUUAUGCCUUAGAAGGAUUGUAGCAUUUUAUUUUAGUCUGAAGGUAAUUAUAGCUCUACAGCUUGUACAGUAAUUUCCUCUACCAACACUGUGGCGUGUCCUUGAUCUCGGUAGUGCCUGCCUUUGAAACAGGGUGUAGGGGAUAUUAGUUUUCCAUUUUUCUAUUUUGUUACAUAAUUUUAAGCCACCAAGGACUAAAUUAAAGUAUAAUCAUUUGUAUCCAUGUGGAAUAAAAUUGUGACAAUUUCCUACGCACACAGUAUUUUUUCAUAGAAACAUUUCCCUCCCAUUUGCCUUGCCUCAGAAAUAAAUUUAAAAGACGUUUGUAGCCACUGUGUUUUAUCUACUGUGUGUUGUGGUGGCCUGUUGGAGGCAGAUAGAUCAGAAUUUUUUUUUGUACCUAUGUAAGAGUAUUUGAAGUUUUAUUUAAAAUAAAAUGAUGUGCAAAAGGUAGCAUUUUUUUUUUAGGAGUGUUAUUUUUCACUACUAUGUGUGGCACGGAUACAAUAAAAGACUUUUACAAACUA